AACGUUAUUUAAGUGGUCAUGAUAUGUUUAUGAAUAAUAAUAUUUCUCUCAAAAAUAUGUAAUAAUUUUAGAUAUUAUUUUGAAUACAUGUCAUAUAAAAUAUCAAGAUAAGUUGUCAUAUAAAAUAUCAAGACAGGUGAGUAUAUUAUUCAUAUAUUUACACACAAUAGCUAUAAUUGACUUUCAUUUUUUAACAUCAUCAUCAGAGUGAAGUGGGAUGAGAAGUUGAUUUGAUAAGCAACCUUAAGGUAGCUUAUUGAUAAGCAAAUUAAGUGUUCAAAUAUAAGCGACAUGGUCUCAUUGCAAGAAAAGUUGAAGAAAUUUGUGGGACACAGAUGGGUGGUGUUUGUGUGUGCAAUGUGGGAUAUGUCAUUUGCAGGAACAGCUUACAUGUUUGGAAGCAUAUCACCAGUCAUAAAGAGCAGCAUGGGUUACAAUCAGAAGCAAGUAGCUUUCUUAAGUGUGGCUAAGGAUUUGGGUGACAACGUUGGACUUCUUGCUGGGUUUAUAAGCAAAGCUUGGCCUGUUUGGGCAGUUAUACUAGUUGGUGUCCUUCAGAAUGUUGUUGGUUAUGGUCUUGUUUGGCUUGUUGUAACACACAGGCUUCCUUCUUUGCCUUUAUGGACGCUAUGCUUUUUCAUCUUGGUGGGACAAAAUGGUUCAACGUACUACAACACGGCAGCAUUGGUUUCCUGUGUGCAAAGUUUCCCAGAAAACCGAGGCCCCGUGGUAGGGAUAUUGAAAGGAUUCGUUGGCUUAAGUGGCGCAAUUUGGACUCAAAUAAUAGCUAUGAUUAAUCUCCCUGAUCAAGCCUCUUUGAUUUUCAUCAUAGCAGUUGGUCCAGCAAUGGUUUCUUUAACUUUCAUGUUCAUCAUAAGACCUGUUCAUACUUUUAAUCAAUCUAGACCCUCCGAUGAAUCAGGAUUCAUGUUUAUCUAUAGCAUUUGUCUUCUCUUAGCUGCCUAUUUAAUGGGAGUUUUGUUGCUAGAGAAUAUGUUUGAUUUGGAUCAAAACAUUAUCACUUCAUUUGCAGUUAUUUUGAUUGUUUUCAUCUUGCUUCCAAUUAUAGUUCCUAUUAUAUUGGUUUUCUUCUCUAAACCAAAAAGUGCUGAUGAGGAACAACUUCUUCAACCAUCCAUUGUUGCAGCAACUACACCUAUGCACAAUGAGAUUAAUGAUAAUGUCAUUUCCAAACAUGUUACUUUUGAAGAUGCGAAGCCGCAAAAAAAUGGUCCACAUAGAGGAGAGGAUUUUACCUUAACACAAGCAAUGGUAAAUGCUGAUUUUUGGAUCAUGUUUGUUUCUAUCGUCUUAGGCUGUGGGUCGGGAUUGACAAUGAUAAACAACAUGGGUCAGAUUUGUCAAUCUUUGGGCGACAACAAUGUUAACAUUUAUGUAUCGGUUAUCAGCAUAUCCAAUUUCCUAGGCCGUGUUGGUGGCGGCUACUUCUCUGAAGUUAUAGUGAGAAAAUUUGGAUAUCCGAGACUUGUGGCAUUGGCAAUGAUUCAAGCAGUAAUGUCUUUGGGACUCUCCUACUAUACCAUAGGUUUGGUUGGACAAGUUUAUGUGAUAGCGAUAACUAUGGGUUUUGGAUAUGGAUCCCAUUGGUCAAUUGCAUUAGCAGCAACUUCAGAAGUAUUUGGGUUAAAGAACUUUGGGACUUUGUACAAUUUUCUUACAAUUGCUAGCCCAGUUGGAUCUCUGCUUGUAUCUGGAUUGGCGAGCACGAUAUACGACUAUUACGCAGAACAGCAAGCAAAGCACAGAAUACAAAUUUAUGGAGCCUCCACGAAAUUGGCAAUGCCUUAUUAUGGUACCGGAAAUAACAAUGAGUUGCUUCUUUGCGAAGGAAACAUUUGCUAUUCCUUGACUUGUGGAAUUUUAGCAGUAGUUUGCUUGGUUGCAGCUGGUUUGAGUUUGAUCAUUGUUCAAAGGACUAAGAGGUUUUAUUCCCAACUUUAUGGUAAUGGGAAGUCUCUAUCUUGAGUUUAGGGGAGCAGAGGAAAAUUAAAUUUGCAAUUGUUGGGGGAGUGCAAAAUGUGUCACCAACAAGGUUUGAGUAUUAUUUGAAUUUUUCAUGUCAAGUUAAGCAAGUGUUUUAUUAUAAAAUUUUAAUUUAUAAAGAUUUUUUAAAGAGAAUUAGCACAUAGUCACACAACCUUGUAAAAACAAUCAAACCUUUGUUGAUAUUCUUUCAAUAUAGAGCUGAUUAUGUUAAUAUAAGAUCAUGAUGGAUUUAAUGUAUUAUAGUCUUUUGGGA